UUCACUUCUUAUGUCUGCAUACCUACACUCCCUCUUUGGCCUGUCUGGCCGCAUUGCCGUCGUGACAGGCGGCAGCUCCGGCAUUGGGCGCGAGAUGGCCACCGCGCUGGGCAAGGCCGGCGCGGUGGUGAUUGUGGUCGCCCGCCGACCAGGCCCCGUCCAGGAGACAGUGAGCCAGCUCUCCGACCAGGGCAUCCAGGCGUUCGGGCUCCCUCUGGACGUUCGCGACGCCCAGGCCAUCGCCGACAGCGUGCUCGAGAAGCAUGGCGUGCCCGACAUUCUCAUCAAUGCAGCGGGAAUCAACCGCCGCAUCCACAUGGACCAACUCUCCCUGCAAGACUGGGAGGAAACCCUGGCCGUCAAUCUCACGGCGCCGUUUGCCCUGGGCCAGCAGUUCGGGCCCGCCAUGGCCCGCCGGGGGAGCGGGCGCAUCAUCAACCUCGCCAGCCAGCAGUCCUUCCGGGCGUUCGGCCACAGCGGCGCCUACGGGGCCUCCAAGGGCGGCCUGGUCUCGCUCACCCGUUCGCAGGCCGAGGCGUGGUCCAGUCGCGGCGUUUUGUGUAAUGCUAUUGUUCCUGGUCUGGUCGAGACGCCCAUGACUGCCGCCGUCUUUGGAGAUGCUGAAAAGACGCAUGCCCACGCCGCUCGCACCAUGAUUGGGAGGAAUGGCGUGCCUGGGGACUUUGCAGGCAUCGCUAUCUAUCUGGCCAGUGCCGCCAGUGCAACAGUUACAGGGCAGGUCUUUUUUAUUGAUGGGGGGUAUUCAGCGACAUAAAUGCAUUUAUUAAUUAUUAUUCAACUAUCUAUUAGUUCAUAUGUGGUAUUCAUGAAUAUGUUAAUGGGAUUCUCUUAUAUAUGAGAAUCAUUGUAUUGCCAGUGUGACUGGCGGCUUGUAAUAGAAAUGCUUG